AUGUCGUCCUGCUCCCAGGAUUCGUCCUUCGGGCCAGGGUCCACCUGCCGGUUCCUGGACUUCACCCUUAGAUUCGAGCAGACCAUCAUGUCGACUCUACCUGAUCUGGUGUUCCUGAUGUUAGCAGGCGUACGGGUGUUUCAACUCUCGCGAUCGGGUUCCGCUGUUCGUAAGCUCGGUUUCGGGCUCCUUCCUACGAAGGCGUUCGCCUGCUUGUCAUGCAUUUCGCUUUGCGUCGCGAAUACCGUGCUUGAGACACGCGCGCAUAACCGAGGCACACUCUCGCUGUGGGUCGCCUCCCCGAUUGUACAAGUCAUUAGUAGUGUGGUCAUGUCAGUUCUCGUUUAUUACGAGCACUUCAAUUCUGUCCGGCCUAGUGCGCUUGUUACCUGCUACGCCUUGUUGAAAAGCAUCUUUACGGCCGCGACUGUGCGGACGUACGUGUUGAUCGGCCUGGACCACGCCGAACAUGGCCUCUUCAUUGCCUGCGUACUUCUCGUGGCAUCAUAUCUUGCGGUUAUGUGCGUGGAACUCAUCCAUAAACGUGCUCUUCUGCAAGAUCAGACGCUGCCAAAAGCGAUUACGGCAAGCUGGAUAUACCGCUCGUUAUACUUCUGGCUAUUCCCUCUUCUGUGGAAAGGCCGCAAGACCACCCUGACAAUCGACGACUGCUCAGAUAUCCCCGAGUUCAUGCACGCUUCGGCUUCGAAGACGACCUUGCAGAAGGCGCUUCAGCAGACACCUCGAACGUCGAGCUAUCUUUCUCGAGCCUCCUUAACCGCGUUUGGAGGCAUGUUCCUUACACCGAUUCUGCCGCGCCUCAUCCAGCUGUUCGCGACGUUUGCGCAACCGCUUCUUGUGAACCAGAUGGUCGGCUUCAUCUCCAACCCCGAGCGGCCUUCCGACGUCGGCUGGGCACUGGUUGGCGCAUUCGUCUGCGUAUACGCAGUAUUAGCCAUCUCCGUCUCCCUCUAUCUGGAAGAGGUGUACGACGUUGUUAUCACGUAUAGAGGCGCUCUGGUCGGCAUGAUAUAUGAGAAAUCGCUGAGACUGAACUUGGAAACGGGACGCUCUGUCGGUAGCGGCGCUGCAAGUACUUAUAUGUCCGUCGACGUGGAAAGAAUAUGCGAAGGGAUGCAAAUAUUUCAUGAGGUUUGGGCGGCGCUCGUAUCCAUCGUUCUCUCCAUCAUCAUCUUGUACAAUCAAGCAACAUGGCCAGCGUUCUUACCGCUUGGAGUGACAUUUGUGGUCAUUGCACUAGCAGGGUUUGUGGGGGCACCGAUCGGGAAACGGCAGGCAGCAUGGCUGAAAUCUACGGACGAGCGGGUGAAAUUCCUCUCAUCGGUGCUUCAAAAUUUCCUUCCCAUCAAGUGGGCGAGAUAUGAAGGCAUUCUUGCGCGGAAAGCCGCAGAGUUGCGUAUUGCGGAGACGAAACACGCGCGUAUCUACUACGACACCCUGGUCGUUGCUGUUGCGCUAUCCAAUACAGCUUACGUUUUCUCUCUGUUAUCCGUAAUCGGGCCAUACGCGGGACUGGUGGCCUCACAAGGCAAAGCACCGCUCAAUCCUCAAAGAUUGUUCACGAUUGUUGCGACAGUCAGCCUGCUGGACAGCCCGCUAAAUCUCCUUGGCCAAACUCUCCCCGCACUGGCGGCUUCAUACGCAUCGCUGAAACGCAUUCACGAGUUUUUGCUACUGCCGGAACGAGUUGAUAAGUCCCCAGUUGAGAAGGAUAGGGAGACCGAUUACGAGGACGAGAAGAUCAAGGAUGAACUGCUCAGAACGCAGGGGACAACCAUAUCGAUGCAAUCUGCCUCCUUCUCUUGGUCGACCAAAUCGGAUGCCUUUCUUCAAGACAUUGAUCUAGAGCUUUCGGGACCUGGUGUGCAUAUGUGUGUCGAGAAUAUGAAGGGUAAAUCACUUCUCCUCGCCUCAAUUCUAGGCGAGACAGUCAAGAAAUCUGGUUUCUACGCAUCUCUGCAGUCGCCCAUUGCAUACGCGCAACAGGAUGCGUUCAUCAUCCCUGGAACAAUCCGCGAAAAUGUCGUUUUCGGGCUGGAAUUCGAUGCAGAUCGUUACUUCCGUGUUCUGGAUGCAUGCGCUCUCACCGAAGACAUAAGAAGGAUGCCUAGAGGAGAUGGCACCCUAUUGGGAGAGAAGGGACGUAGACUAAGCGGCGGCCAAAAGCAGAGAAUCGGGCUUGCUCGUGCGGUAUACGCCAACGCCGACUGGACUCUCUUAGAUGAUCCUUUGAGCGCCCUGGACGCGGAGACCGAGCUUCACGUAUUUCGUUCUCUGUUUGGUUCCGGCGGUUUGCUGGCGGGAAAGGCAAUCCUCCUUGUCACGCACAAUCUUAAGCAUCUGCACGCGGCUAACAAUGUCAUCGUGCUCGAGGCCGGUCGCAUCCUGUAUCAGGGCACACUGGAUGAAAUCAAGAAGCAGGGUUAUGUUCCGCACACCGAGCACUCGCAAUCUCAUCCAGACAUUCAGGAAGAUAGUAUCUAUGCUGCCGGGACUCUGACGGAGCAUGUAGCGGAACAAGAAGAUGACGAAGCACCCAUAUCACCAAAGUCUCUGGGAUGGACACCCUACAUUUUCUUUGCACAAAUGACCACAUGGCCUCGCACCGUGUUGGCUGCGUUGCUGAUCAUGUCGAAUGGAGCCAUAAGAGUUGGUUUACAGGUCUAUACGAAAGAGUGGUCUACGCACAGCACCUCUGCCGUCGCCCCAUGGAUUGGUGGAUAUGCAGGGAUCAGUGUUGCCUUCCUUGUCAUAAGCCUCGCCUCCUUGAGGCAGUACUGCGCUGUCGUCACAAGUUAUACCGGUCCCAGAGCCCAUGAAGCAGAGAUUUCGAGCGUUUUCAACACCGUUCCUGCCUUCUUCAUGAAGACUCCCGCAGGUCGCAUACUCAACAGGUUCUCGCAGGACAUAUUCAUGCUUGAUUUUGCGUUUCCUAUAUCCUUCUUGAGUGUGUUGACCGAUAGUGUCACCAUUGUCGGGACGGCUGUUUUCAUCUUCAUCGCAACGCCUUGGCUUUUGGUUUCUGUCCCUGCAUUGGUGAUCGCAAACUGGAUUGUCUUGCAACUUUAUGUUAGAUCCUCCAAACAGUUACAGCAUCUGGAAGCCGGCAGCAAGUCUCCGCUCUACACCGGGUUUUCUUCCACCCUCACUGGUCUGGAGACGAUCCGUGCCUUUGGCGUUCAAGGCCACUUCCGGUCCAUUAAUGAUCUGCAUCUUGACCGCAGUCAAGGCCCCUAUUACUAUCGCCUGGCCAGCCUGCGUUUCUUGCGAGUGUUCCCGCUCACUGUCGGGCUCGCUGGAUUGUCGGUGGGCCUUCGCCACUCUACAGAUCCAGCUUUCCUCGGUCUGGCUCUUUCUAACCUGAUAAAUCUCGGAGACGAUCUGUCCCGAGUCCUCUUGAGCAUCGGGCAACUGGAGAAUGGUUCCGUGUCAAUAUCGCGAAUCCACGAGUACUCCUCCUUACCUCCCGAGGAGAGCAAGUACAUCACCGAGCUAGCGAAGAGUAAACCGCCCACACAAUGGCCGACUUCAGGGUCUGUCACAUUCGACGACGUCAAGCUGCGCUACAAAGCCGACCUCGCUCCCGCACUGAACAGUGUCUCUUUCCGAAUUUCUGGGGGAAAGAAGGUCGGUGUGUGCGGAAGAACGGGUUCCGGCAAGAGUACUCUGAUCAUGGCAUUGUUCCGUGCAUUGGACGACUCCCUAUUGGACGGCAGAAUUCUGAUCGAUGACCUUGAUACGCAAUCUAUCUCCGUCACUACCUUGCGUGGAUCAUUGAGCCUUGUCUCCCAAGAACCAUUCAUAUGGCGAGCCACGUUGCGCGAGAACCUCGAUCCCGAAGGGCUACGAGAUGAGGAGGAGAUGUGGGCCGCGUUGAAGGACGUCGGGAUGGCCGAGGCCGUCGGCGCUUUGCCAGAGAAACUGGACGCGAUGCUCGAGGAGAGCGGCUCGUUCUCCAAGGGACAAUGUCAGUUGCUUUGCUUGGCGCGCGUUCUCUUGCGUCGAAAGCGAAUCGUCGUCCUCGACGAAGCUAGCAUUUGGAUUUGA